UCAAGCCCGUCCAAUGUUGGUUUAGCUUUUGGAUUAUGUCUUGGUACCCUCUCACUGGUUACUUGCGCGGUCAUAGGAAAGCUGUGGUAUAAAACGUCAAGACGUUAUAAAAAGGUAAACGUUUACGCCUUUCACACGUGCCUCUGUAACAAAAACAACAGGAAGCAUGAAAUACUACCAUAUUUUAAACUUAUUUUUACGUGGAUGACAAGAAUAGUAUAAUAGCCGAAAACCGAGUGUAGCUAAAUGUCGUGGGUCGUGGGUCGUGGGUCGUGGGUGUGGGUGUGGGCAAUUGUCGUGGGUAAAAAAAAGUCUUCAAAAAAAAAUUAAAAAAUUAAAUGGCAAAAAGUUGUAAAAUUCAUGAAACGAAAAUCCAUUCCCUAUUCCCUAUUCCUAUUCCCCUUCCCCGCGGUCAGCAAAGCAAAUAACCGAAUCCUCUAGCACAAACGGACACUAAAAAGACAUAUAGGUGAAAAAUAAAAGAAACUCUGUGCACUAUGUAAACCUGAAGCAGGCCGUAUAGAAAAACAGGAGACUGAACUGCUUUUUCUCAAAGAUGUCAACAUUUGUGACUGAAACGUCCUUUCCGUUUAAGGAGUGAUAUUUCGAAUCGUUACAGCAAAGAUUUUGUACACAAAACAAAACAAAAAGUAAUCGAGAAAAUUGUAUUUCCGUAGGGCGAUAAAAUUGACAUACAGUCUCGCCUUAACUUGAAAGGUUGGGAAUGAAGACGGUUCCUUCGUAAGGUAAAAGACCUACAACGUCUAUCCAAAAAUAUGGAAUACCUAAAAAUUGUCCUUUUCCCCUUCCCUUUCUCACGGUGAUCGCAUUCCAUCGUGAUAAAAAAUCUCCACUGACAGGAGCCCACUGCCACCGAUCAUUGGAAUUGUACUAUCAAAUAAAGAUAAAUAGUGAGCAGCUAUUUCCAUUCAGCGAGUCAGAGCUGUCCCAUGCUUUCUGCAAACUGCAGGUACAAUUUACGUCUGUUUCGUUUAUUUCGCGGCGAUAGCUCAGGUAUGGAUAAAUCUUCGUCGGCAAAAUGUCUUUUAUACAGUGAUGUUGUGAAUGGGGAGCCAAGUCCCACGGGAAGAGGACGAAGAAGUAGGCAAUCAAGGAGUUGGAGAUUUUCGCUUCACAAAUAUUUUACAACUUUUUUCUACUUAUUCCUUUUUUUCAAUUACUUUACUUUGUCACUUUUUUCUAUACUUUUUUUACCCACGACAUUUUCCCACACCCACACCCACCACCCACGACCUCUACCCACUACCCACGACCCACGACAUUUAGCUACACUCCAGAAAACCCAGUCGGAUUAACUUAAAGAGACAAACAGGCUGUGUGGUUUCAUUCAUGGCGGCUGAAGGAAAGAAAUUAAUGAAAGUGUAUAUUAGGUACUGAACACGGAAAUUAAAGUUGUUGAUGACAGAGUGACAGUGUAUACUGCUGGGAAUAAUUCAUCGAGAAGCGAGCGGAAGUGAGCUAGGUUAAUAAAUCUGUCGGAAUUUGCUUCCCCCGUGGCUCUCACGAAAUAGCCAAGCGAAGUGUCAUCUUGCUUUGGUCAUAAAUCUUUCUAUCGGUUUGGUAUCCAGAGUUGCCUAGCAACGAUGUCGCGACUAAGCUCCAAUUAACGUCAUUCAGUCUGACGUCUCGUCUCAGUAGGUGCAUUUUUCGGUUUCCAGGCAACACUUCCUUGGAGCCGGUUGACGUCAAGGAGCAUAGACCAAUUCGGCUAGCCUUCGUAGCAAGCGUUUCUGUGCGUUUUAGGAGCAAAGAACGAGGGAAGUCAAAGAUCGCGGGAAAAAUGGCGUAAGUUAAAGAGCGGGGAGGGGGUAGGGAAGAAAGGAAGGAAACGCUUGCAGACAAACCCCUCGAUUUUGAAAACCGCCCACUUGGCCUGUCAUGAUUGGUUCGACUAGCCGAGCAAAUCAGGCGCUGCGUUCGCUGGAGAACGCAGGUUUUCCAAAUCUAGGGGUUUGUCUGCAAGCGUUUCCUUUCUUCCCCUCCCCCUCCCCCCCUCUUUCAUUUUUUGGCUAUCGUUUCAUUUCUCGCGCGGUCAAAACCGAAAAUCCCGUUCCUCGGUCUUUUUUUGCUCCGAAACUAAACGGAAACGCUUGCUACGCAGUCUACAAUUCGGCUAACUCAAUGUUGUACCCAAUUCAUACCCUUUGGGAAUAAAACUUUUUGUCUCAGGAAUUUCCAUAUCAGUUAAAUGUGAAUGCCACCUUAUAAUGCAAAUACAGUGCACAAAGAAUCUUAACCCCGAGAGAUCUGAAUUGGGUACAACAUUGCGUUAGCCGAAUUGUUCUAUUGGCGGGGGCACCCAACGACGGUUUCCUCAAUGCAUUGAAAACACUUUUUAGGCUAUCCAGAAUACUUUUAGAUCUCUACAAAUACAUUAUAAGCGGCGCUUUAAGAUUUGUAUCUGUACUUUUAGAUCUCUAGAAAUACAUUAUAAGCGGCGCUAUAAGAUUUGUAUCUGUUCGGUCGUCCUAGGGCAACUUGAGUCUUUUCGAAAUUACAAGGGCCUCCGUACUAUUUUCCCGAAAAUUUUAGAUGUAAUUUUAAGUUUUACGAAAGUGAGAAUUUUUCUGAUUCCUCCCUCCAUCGCCUGUUUGAAUACGAAAAUUUUAGGUUUCGUUUUUCUACCAGAAAAAAGGCUAACUUGGGUACUGAAAUGCGAAAAAUUAUAAUUUAGAAAAUCCUAGGGAAUUUAUUAGACAAUUUACGAAAAUUGUACAUGAAUGGAACUGUAAUCUAGAACUUUUUAGCCUUCCCCAAGCUGUAGUAAAAAAAAUUCCCAUUAGCGAAAAUUUCACACAACUGAUUUCAAACCCAACGACCCUUUUCUGAGGGUACCAGGCUGACUGGUUACGCGUACGCGAGCACUAUGAGCGCGCGCAUCGGACAGUGAUCAUGCUGACUAAACAGGUGGUGACUCAUGACUCCGAGGACUGACCGACUGUGUGAAUAGCGCCUGUCAGGCCUGUGUAUCGGUCGAUGGACACUCAAUAAGUGCCGUGCGAAUUGAGAUCGGCAGAGUACAAGACGUUUAAAAUCACUUAAAUGCCUUUUCUUUUCUUCUUAUUUUUUUAUUAUAGUUAUUCUUAUUAUUUCUAUACAUUCUACGUCGCCCUAGAAAAUUCGAAGACAUUCCCACAAUAGAUAAAGUUUUCGGAGAAAAUUUGAAAGGACCCCUAAAAAUUUCGGCUAAGGGAAAAGCUCGUCCGGUAAUCUUUCGUUUUUGGAAAGCUUUCACUGUAAGCCGCUAUUUUCGGGAAAGGCGAUAAACAGCCCUAAAAAAUUCGAGAGGUUCAAAGCAGUCCUAGGAUGACCGAACAGAUCAAAUUUUUUUAGCGAUGCGAAUUAUUCAUUUAUAUUGCUUUUAAAGCACUCCAGGAUGCAUAACGAGGCAUUUCAGGUCUUUUCCCAGAAAACGGUCGUUGGGUGCCCCUGAUUAAUUUCGACCGCAAAAGCAUUUUACAGAUAACAUUGGAGCAACUUGGACCAUUACGGCUUUAUAGGUCGCGGGAUAUGUUUGUUUUUCGGAAGUGUGUUUCAGUUCGGCUUUUUAUAUAUUUAUAUUACCGUCAAAACCUUGCUUUUCCCUGACAUCAUGAUCUGUACCUUUGUAAUUCAUGUUACACCGAGGGAAACCCACAAUGAAUUGGUUCUUUCCCCGCCGAUUGAUGUGACCGAUGGAUCAAAUCAACGACGCUGAAUCAAAAACUGGCCGGUUCCAGCUCUGCUCCGUACCGCAUUGAUCGGCCGUUAAGCACGAGGUCGAAUUAGCACCGAAUUAAUGCAAAAUGGGCUUUGAAAUGCUCGUUUCAGCUAAUUUUCCUCAAAUAUAUCUUUGAAUUCACGAUAAAUACAGCUCCACAAGCUUCGAACGGUGUGUAUGGCAGAGAAAACUGCUUGAAGUGUAAUAAUCUUACUACGUCAACAUUUAUUCAGCGCCAGCGUGGCCCAGUGGUCUGAGGAUGCACUCUCGCGCAGGAGGCCGGUUAUUGUGUAGCUUCAAUUAAAUCUCCGCAUGGAUAUUUUUGUUUUCUUUGCACAUUUUUUAAAAUCACUUUUUUAUCUGGGCGACCCUUGGCGAGCCCAGUUUAAGAAAUGGGUUUCAUUUUUUCUCGGGAGGGCGGCGGGAGUAUUUCCUGGUAAGUCGUGGUGGGGUGAGCCGUGCGCCUCAUCUAAUGUUUACACUAUUUCAGAGCAAUAUCUAUAAGGUUCAUGUGAGAGAGUUACUCUCCCGGGAAAAAACGGGGAGCCUGUUGAAGACAUCCUGUCCCCCUCAACUGACCUUUGGAUCCCCAAUUUAGAGCGGCAUCACUCCAUACCAUACCGAUGCUAACCUUUAUCUGAACAAAUAAUGAGGCCUCAAGUUUACAAAAAUAUAGCUGAUUUGUUGGUAUACUACUUACUUUAUUUUUUCUAAGGUGUAACGUAAAUGGUUGAGAGAGGGUCUAUUUUUGUUUAAUUUUCGCCAUAUGUUUGAACUUGAAAUCAGAUUUAAUUGGUGACUUGGAAGAUUGUGCGGUAAUUUGUCAAGUCAUGCUAUUUGGGAGCUUAGAUGUUUGAUGUCUGGGCCUUGCAUGAAUUUACACUUUGAAAGUUAAUGAUUAAUUUCCGUUUGUUUGUUAUUAAUAGCAACACGUCAUUGAACCUCCAAGUGGUAUGACUGCAAGAAAUUCUAUGGGGGAAGAGAUUGAUGCUAUGUUUACACCUGAUCACGAAGACAACAGUAACGGUAUUAUAGAUUCUGUUGAAGAGGAAGGAAUAGUACAGCUCCUUGGCGACACAACCGAAAUAUCCUCUGUAUCAAGGCCGUCUGCCGGUACUUAA